CUAGAAGGGCACUGGUUUAUGCUCACACGUCUUGUUCAUAGGUUUCACACCUGUGCUACACAAAUUCAAAUUUCGCAUUCAUUUCUCCUUUCUUUAUAACUGUCACAUAUAUAUUGCCAUUAUUACUACCUUACCUUCCAAUUUACUACAUUUUCUCCACAAACCAAAUCAUGAAGAAUUCAACUCUUGUUGUAACAACACUUUUCGCCAUUUUGCUUUUUCUCCAUUCCUCUCUCGCUCUCAAGCAAGGACAAAUAUGCUUAGCAGACAAAAACUGCAACUCAGGUUUACACUGUGAGACAUGUGUUGCAAAUGGAAACGUGCGACCAAGAUGCACUCGUAUUCAACCAACAAACCCCACUUCAAAGGUAAAAGGGUUGCCAUUUAAUCGGUAUUCAUGGUUAACAACACAUAAUUCAUUUGCACUUCUGGGUCAGAAAUCUGCUACUGGUUCUGUGAUUCUUGCUCCUACAAAUCAGCAAGAUACCAUCACUGCUCAGCUUAAUAAUGGUGUACGAGGAUUGAUGCUUGACUUGUAUGACUUUGAGAAUGAUGUUUGGCUGUGUCACUCAUUUGGUGGCCAAUGCUACAACUACACAGCUUUUCAACCUGCCAUCAAUGUUCUAAAAGAGAUUCAAGUAUUUCUUGAAGCAAAUCCAUCAGAGAUUGUUACUAUCAUUAUCGAGGAUUAUGUUACUUCACCAAAAGGCCUAACAAAGGUGUUUAAUGCUGCUGGGCUGAGAAAAUACUGGUUUCCGGUAUCUCGAAUGCCGAAAAAUGGUGGAGACUGGCCAACGGUAGAUGAUAUGGUCCAGAAGAACCAGCGUUUAGUAGUCUUCACUUCAAAAGCAGCUAAGGAAGCUUCUGAAGGGAUUGCGUAUGAGUGGCGAUAUUUAGUAGAAAACCAAUAUGGAAAUUCAAAUGGAGGAAUGAAGGCUGGUUCAUGUCCGAAUCGCGCAGAAUCACCGUCUAUGAACACAACGUCAAGAUCAUUAGUCCUAGUGAACUUCUUUAAGGAUCUUCCAGAUGUAACUCAAUCUUGCAAGGAUAAUUCAGCUCCUUUGCUUGAUAUGGUCAACACUUGCUAUCAAGCUGCUGGCAAGCGUUGGCCUAAUUUCAUUGCUGUUGAUUUCUACAAGAGGAGUGAUGGAGGAGGAGCUCCAGAAGCAGUUGAUGUAGCUAAUGGCCAUCUAGUAUGUGGAUGUGGAAACAUAGCCUCCUGCAAGGCAAACAUGACAUUUGGAGCAUCAUGUGAGUUACCUGAGGCUGAAGUAACUCCUUUCCGUGAAGCAACACUAGAAUCCAGCUUUGGCAUUCUAAAUUGCAAGCCAGCUAUUUUAUUGUUGUCUUUUGCCACUACUAUUUUGACAAUGCUCUUGGCAUUGUGAAAGGAUUUGGGUUUAGUGCAGUAACUGCGUCACACAGUUUUCGAUCUCAACAGUUUGCCUCAAAUUAACAGCCAAGAUCAUUUGAUGUGUGAAACUAUUCGCUGUGUGAAACUGCUUCCUUUUCCCACUGCAGAGAAUCCAAAUCCUUGUUUUGGUAACACUGAUUCCUUAGAUUAAUAUACAGGGUUUUGUGUAGUGGAUUUUGUUUUUAUUUAUUGUAGGUGUGAGAUUUGAAUGCUAUAGUUGUAAUUUUACGGUCAUGUUAGGUAUGCAAUGGGCUCACUAACUCGAUGUUGUGAAACUAUCAGUGUGCACCGUGUGGUGGGUGGUAAGGUAUCUUAUAUAGUGAAAAUGCACCUAAAGUAAAUUCAAAUGUGUCUUGAAGAUCAGCCUUUUAUAAUAUUGGAAUGUUUGACAUAUUUUUGAUA